AUGACGAGCAUAAUCAAUGACACCAACUUGGAAACCAAGACAAAUACCGAGGUAAGGAACCAAAUUUUCACGGGCCCAGCGAGCAGCAGCAAUCAUACCCUCAGUACCUCUGGUACCAAAUCCACCAGGAACAAGAAUACCAUCAGCAGAGCAGAGACUGCCCCAGGCCUUGUGGUAGUUGAUCUUGUUAGUAACGGAGCUUUCGAUCUCAAGAUCGGAAGCUUCGACCCAAACAAUCUCGAGCUUAAGCUCGCAUCUCAAAGCAGAGUGCUCAAGAGCCUUGACAACAGAAAUAUAACUGUCCUGAAGAUUGGUAUAUUUACCGACCAAGGCAAUAGUGACCUUUUGGAAACUACGGUCAUGGGAUUGGGUAAUACUAUUCCAACGAGUCCACAGAUCUUGACCCUUAGCAAUACGCUCCGAAGACAGUUUAAGUUCAUCGAGCUUAAAACGCUUGGAAAAGAAUUCCAUCAGCUUCUGGUCGUGCAAAAGAAGAGGAACAUGGUAAGUCGAAUUGACAUCAUGGACACCCAAAACCUGGUUAGGACCGACGUGACAGAACAUCGAGAUCUUGUCAAUAGCAGCUUGGUCAAGCUCUUCAGAACAUCUACAGGCAAUAAUAUCGGGUGUCAAACCAAGGGAUCUCAAAUCCUUGAUAGCAGCUUGAGUAGGUUUGGUCUUCUUCUCACCAUGUAUAACAGGAACAAGAGAAACGUGAAUCAAAGCAAAGUUCUCAGGACCGACUCUGAAUUGAAAUUGACGUAA